AUGCCUGGAGAGGUCAUCGACAGGCCAAAUCCCAAGGCUGAGCCUUCACACAUCCCCGAUCUUGUCAAUCAAUUGCAGGUCAAACUUCAAGAGACGCGUUUGGAGGAAACUGAUUACAAUGCCCUUCUGAAAUUCCGCCGUGCAGCGGCCUACAUUGCUGCUGCAAUGAUCUUUCUCCAAGACAAUGUGCUGCUGAAGCAGAAUCUAAGGCACGAGGACAUCAAGCCCAGGCUUCUUGGCCACUGGGGAACAUGUCCCGGGUUGAUUCUUGUAUACUCUCACUUGAACUACAUCAUCAGAAAGCAGAACCUGGAUAUGUUGUAUGUCGUCGGGCCUGGCCACGGCGCGCCAGCUAUUUUGGCCUCACUGUGGCUUGAGGGCUCUUUAGAGAAAUUCUACCCCCACUACUCACGAGACAUGGAUGGUCUCCAUGAGCUCAUCUCGACCUUCAGCACAAGUGCUGGAUUACCAAGCCAUAUCAAUGCGGAAACUCCCGGUGCAAUCCAUGAAGGUGGUGAAUUGGGUUAUGCGUUAGCUGUCUCUUUUGGUGCUGUUAUGGACAAUCCCGACAUGAUCGUCACCUGCGUGGUUGGUGACGGGGAAGCAGAAACUGGUCCUACCGCGACGUCCUGGCAUGCAAUCAAGUACAUUGACCCCGCAGAAUCAGGUGCCGUCCUGCCGAUUCUCCACGUUAAUGGCUUUAAGAUCAGCGAGCGCACCAUUUAUGGCUGCAUGGACAACAAAGAGCUGGUCUCCCUCUUCACGGGUUAUGGAUACCAGGUGCGCAUUGUUGAGAACCUGGAUGACAUCGACGCAGAUCUCCAUAGCUCUAUGAUGUGGGCAGUUGAGGAGAUCCACAAGAUCCAAAAAGCGGCGCGUUCCGGCAAGCCAAUUAUGAAGCCUAGAUGGCCAAUGAUUGUUUUGCGCACACCGAAGGGUUGGUCAGGACCUAAAGAGCUCCACGGGUCAUUCAUAGAGGGAUCUUUCCACUCACAUCAGGUUCCUCUACCUAAUGCAAAGAAGGAUAAAGAGGAGCUUCAGGCUCUGCAGAAAUGGCUGUCCUCGUAUAAUCCGCACGAACUUUUCACUGAGACGGGAGACAUCAUUGACGACAUCAAGUCAGUGAUCCCUCUGGAAGACACCAAGAAGCUUGGGCAGCGAGCAGAAGCCUACAAGGGCUAUAGGGCACCCGAUCUCCCAGACUGGCGCAAGUUUGGCGUAGAAAAGGGCUCCCAGCAGAGCGCUAUGAAAACAAUUGGAAAGUUCAUUGACCAAGUGUUUACCCAAAAUCCUCAUGGCGUCCGUGUAUUUUCGCCAGACGAGCUAGAGAGCAACAAGCUGGAUGCAGCACUGGCGCACACGGGAAGGAACUUUCAGUGGGAUCAAUUCUCGAAUGCCAAAGGCGGCCGCGUCAUCGAGGUGCUCAGUGAGCACCUGUGCCAGGGCUUUAUGCAGGGAUACACGUUGACGGGCCGGGUGGGCAUUUUCCCAUCGUACGAAAGCUUCUUGGGAAUCAUCCAUACCAUGAUGGUGCAAUAUGCCAAAUUUAACAAAAUGGCUCAAGAGACGACCUGGCAUAAGCCGGUUAGUAGCAUCAACUAUAUCGAAACGAGUACGUGGGCUCGUCAGGAGCACAAUGGAUUCUCUCACCAGAACCCCUCCUUUAUCGGAGCUGUGCUCAGGCUGAAGCCCACCGCCGCGCGAGUUUAUCUGCCACCUGAUGCUAACACAUUUUUGACCACCCUUCACCACUGUCUCAAGUCCAAGAAUUAUGUCAACCUCAUGGUAGGUUCAAAACAGCCAACUCCCGUGUACUUGAGCCCCGAGGAAGCAGAGAGCCACUGCCGAGCCGGCGCAUCGAUCUGGAGAUUCUGUAGUACCGACAAUGGGCUGAACCCGGAUGUCGUGCUGGUUGGCAUUGGAGUAGAGGUGAUGUUCGAGGUCAUCUACGCGGCGGCCAUCCUCCGCAAGCGUUGUCCAGAACUCCGGGUGCGUGUGGUCAAUGUGACCGACUUGAUGAUUCUGGAGAAGGAAGGUCUACAUCCACAUGCAUUGACGACCGAAGCUUUCGACAGUCUGUUUGGCUCGGACCGGCCGAUACACUUCAACUACCACGGAUACCCGGGCGAGCUCAAAGGUCUGCUCUUUGGGCGGCCCCGCCUGGACCGAGUUUCAGUAGAAGGAUACAUGGAGGAAGGAAGCACGACGACGCCGUUCGAUAUGAUGUUGCUGAACCGCGUCUCACGAUACCACGUGGCGCAGGCAGCCGUGAUCGGGGCGUCCAGACGGAAUGAGAAGGUUCAAGUUCGGCAGCACGAACUGGUCAGCGAAUUCGGCCACAACAUCGUGGAGACACGCAAAUACAUUCUGGCCAACCGCAAAGACCCGGAUGAUACGUAUGAUAUGCCCUCCUUUGAAUAA